AAGAGAAAUUAACUUGUGGAAAUUGAUUUUCAAAAAUGUUAAUUGUCAUUGAUUUACUUUAUUCUCUUUAGUGAAUUUUGUAUUUUUUUUCUUUUUAAAUUGUUUAUUGAUUGAUUCUCUGUUAGAUUUUAUUUUGGUUAAACUCUGUGUUUUGGGUUCGUUGGCAAAAUGUUAAAGAAAAUGUUUUAUUGGUUUGGAAAUCAACCAGAAUCUUACAAAUCUGGUCUUGGUGAUUUGUUUGAUUUCGAGGAUGGUAAUUAUUUGGAAUGUAAAAAUGAUGAAGAAUCAAGGUGUUCACCUUCUUUUCUCAAUCAACACCCGUUGCUUACUCGAGAUUUAAAGUGUAAAUUAAAUUCGGGCGAGCUAAAAGAUAUACUUGCUGAUUUUCGAGCUCAUGGUGGCUGUGUACCCAAGAGAAAGGUUCGGAUGAUUAAGCCUAACACUGACUUCAAUCCUGAGGAUAAUUUAUUUGAAGUGGGUUUACCUUUACCAAGGAUUCAAAUGCCACCAUUAUGUGAAUUGUCAAAAGAUAACUCUUUCUCUGACAAUUCUCUCAAUGUCCAAGAGCCAAAGAUGAUGGAAGUCUUUGCUAAAGAGGAAGAUCCUGGUUCAAUUAUUGCUUAUGCUUUAGUUUCAGCUGAUUACGAGAAACAAUUGAAUGAUAUUGUUCAAGGAACACCAACUGUUGUAACAUCAAGGAAAAGAGUUCUUUCUUCAAUUGAAAGUUCUACAAGCUCUGGAUUAUCCGAGAUUAAAGAUGCUGGUCAACUUGAGUUGUCCGGUGGUUUCUCUUCAGUUGCCUUUACCUUUAAAGCAUCUAAAGAUACAACAGCUAUAAGUCCACAUAUUGAUAUACAAUUUAACGAUCAGACCACAAAGUAUUAUUGUUGUGUCUAUUUUGCAGAGCAAUUUCGUUCACUUCGAUCUGAAUUGAUUCAAAUUAAUCACCAAAAUGCCAAUCAAACUAACACCUCAUUGACACCAUCUCUAUCAUCUACUUCUGAGUUAUCUCAAGGUAAUGUAACUGCUACCAGUGAUUCUUCAUCUUUUUAUUCAAAUGCCACCGGUAUUGAUUCAUCAUCUUCCACCACAUCUAACGCCCUAAUUGAGGAAACUUUCAUCAGAUCAAUUUCCUGUUGUGUUCCCUGGACAGCCUCUGGUGGUAAAAGUGGAGCUACUUUUUGUAAAACGAUCGAUGAUCGAUUCAUUCUCAAAGAGAUGUCCCGACACGAGUUAGCUUCCUUUCUUAAAAUUGCCAAAGCAUAUUUUGAUCACGUUCUCAGUGCCUUUUAUGAAUCUCGACCAACACUUUUGGCAAAAAUACUCGGUGUUUACAGAAUAAGCUUUAAAAACAGUUAUACGAACAAUGCGAAUAAAAUGUAUCUACUUGUCAUGGAGAAUCUUUUCUACCAGCGAAAUAUCAGCCGAAGAUUUGAUCUGAAAGGCUCUGACCGUAAUCGUUGGGUUCACACCGAUGAUCCAACAAACGUAGUUCUUUUAGAUGAAAAUCUACUCCAGUCUCUACGAAAAUCUCCACUCUACAUUAGACCAGAGUGUAAACAGAGAUUGACCACCGCCAUAGACGCUGAUUCUCUUUUCCUCUCUUCUCAUUCCGUUAUGGAUUAUUCUUUAUUGGUUGGAAUUGAUCAAGAACAGAAACGCCUUGUAGUUGGAAUCAUUGAUUAUAUUCGCCCCUACACUUGGGAUAAAAGGAUUGAAAUGGUUGUUAAAUCGGUUGGAAGUCAUGGUAAAAUGCCAACCAUAGUCUCACCUGAUCUCUACCGUGAACGUUUCUGUGAUAAAAUGAACCAAUACUUUCUGUGUAUACCUGAUGGUUGAUCUAAUAAAUUCAUCAACAUUUCCAGUUAAAACUAAACCAAAGAUUGAAAAGCUCCACAAAUCAACUAGUUCAAAGACUUCAACCAAAUCAAAUUUAAUUUUCUUUAUCAUCAUGGACAUAAAUCCUUUCAUUUAAUUAAUCUGCCUGGAAACAAAAAGCUAAUAUCAAACUACGAUUCAUCAACGACCAACAAUCAGAUCGAUGAUAAUGGUUAACUUUACCAACACUGAUUUAAUUCAAUUCAAACAAUCAGUCAAAUUGAAAACAAAUCAUCAAAGACAAGAAAGUCUUAUGAACAAAUCAACUUGAAUUAUAAAAAAAAACAUUUUUUCCUUUUAAUUAUUUCCAAUCUUUCAAUUGUCUGAAUUUCUUGUCAACUGGUUUUAUGUGUAAUAAUUUUUAUAAAUUUGAUUAUUUUGUAAACAAAUCAAUUGUAACUACAUCAGAAAAGAAACAAUUAAUUCUCAUUAGA